AUGGGGACGCAGGCAGCCUAUAGUUAUAAUGAGAAGUUCCCAACGGUCGAAAAAUGUGCAAGCAUAGGAAGAGAAGCUCAGACGGUGGUAGCAGACAUGGAUGGGACUCUAUUGAGAGGAAGAAGCUCAUUUCCUUAUUUCGCUAUAAUUGCUUUUGAGUUGGGAGGAAUUUUACGCAUGGCUUUCUUGGUCAUGGCGACCCCAUUGGCUGGCCUGCUAUAUUAUUUCAUGUCAGAGACCGCCGGCAUUCAGGUGUUCAUUUUCACCACCUUUGUUGGGGCCAAGGUUUCGGACAUCGAGUCCAUUGCACGGGCGGUUCUUCCCAAGUUGUACUCGGACGACCUUCACCCGGAUUCAUGGCGGGUCUUUUCUUCAUGUGGGAGAAGGUGUGUGUUGACGGCCAAUCCGCGCAUCAUAGUGGAAACGUUUCUGAAAGAGUAUCUGGGUGCCGACAUGGUCAUUGGGACUGAUAUUUCUUCGAUUGGGGGGCGGGCAACCGGGUUCGUGAAGAGUCCCGGAGUGCUGGUGGGCACCAAGAAAGCUGACGCUCUGGAGAAGGCGCUUGGUGAUGAUGUUCCGGACGUUGGUCUUGGAGAUCAGAAGACAGACAAUCCUUUCAUGAAACUCUGCAGGGAAGCAUACGUGGUGCCUGCAACACCCAAGGUGGAGGCCGUAGGCAGAGAUAAACUCCCCAAGCCGAUUGUUUUCCACGAUGGUCGUCUGGUGCAUCGCCCCACACCAAUUAUAGCCCUCAUUACAAUUCUGUGGUUCCCAGUUGGCUUUCUAUUGGCAUGCCUCCGCAUAGCUGCAGGUGCUCUCCUCCCCAUGUCCAUUGUCUACCAUGCCUUCCUCUGUCUAGGCGUUCGAGUUCGCAUCAAUGGCACCCCACCACCCGCCACAGAUAAGCAAAAGAAUCGAAGCGGUGUUCUCUUCAUUUGCUCACACCGCACUCUAUUAGAUCCCAUCUUUCUCUCCACAGCUGUGGGACGUCCUGUUUCAGCAGUCACCUACUCCGUCUCUCGUGUCUCUGAAAUCUUGUCUCCUAUAAAGACAGUUCCUCUCACCCGCGAGAGGGCCAAGGAUGCAGCCAUGAUAAAGUCCCUGCUAGAGGAAGGUGACCUAGUGAUAUGCCCCGAGGGGACAACAUGUAGAGAGCCCUUCUUGUUGCGCUUCAGUGCACUUUUUGCGGAGUUGACGGACCAGAUAGUGCCUGUGGCCAUGCGCAAUGAGAUGUCCAUGUUCCAUGGCACUACUGCUCGUGGGUGGAAGGGCAUGGAUGACUUUUACUUCUUCAUGAAUCCUAGUCCCCUUUAUGAAGUCACCUUCUUGGACAAGGUGCCCGUGGAGCUCACUUGCACUGGUGGGAAGAGUUCUCACGAGGUGGCCAAUUACAUUCAGAGGGUCAUUGCGGGGAGCCUGUCAUAUGAGUGCACCAGCUUUACUCGCAAGGAUAAGUACAGAGCUCUUGCAGGGAAUGACGGUAUCGUAGCUGAGAAGAAGCCCGGCGGCCUCGUGCCCAACAAGGUUAUGGGUUGUUGAGGCUUCUCCUCUGCUCUUUUUGUUGCUUUGACUCUUGUGUGGUGAUCUUGUUCAACUUUCAUUCAAUGUGUUUGAUCCAUUAAAAUAGGGUAAAAUUGUGUUUAUAUAGUGGUUAGAUAGUAGAAUGGAAGUGGAAGACUGAAUUUUGUUUAGCUCAAAAUUUGAGA